UUUCACACCAAGGCACAGGACUUUCUCACAUCAGCACAGUUGGUGGUACUGUGCCUCAGUUUCUCUAAUGGACCAGCCUCCAUUGACAAUCAUCUCAGCAGUUAUCAUCAAUCUGCUACUGUUUAAGGUUAAAGCUGUAACUGCAGAAGAAACAGCCAAUGCCCUGAACCUCAACCAAUCCUUGAGAAGCAAUGGAGAAAUUAGAAAGGAGACAGAGAUGUUAAAGGUGAAGCCUCACAACGUCACAAUGGACAAGGAAAUGCAGGAUUUAUUCAAUCACUUUCCAAAGCCAAAGCCAAAGCCAGAUCACAGUAAGCCUUCCACAGAUCCAGAGUUUGGUAUUGCUUCACUACCUACACCCUGGCUCUACAGAAUUUGGGAUGUUAAUCAGAAGUUCCUCUUUCUGAUGAACAACAUGCUGGUAGCAGCUCCACAAAAUCCCAGCAAUUCAGAACACUUACUGUCUGUGACCCCAAACAGAGGUAUUGAACAAAAAGAUGAAAAAAUAUACCCCAUCUUUAUGGGUAACGAAGAUGGGACACACACCUUGUCCUGUGUGGAAUCUGGUGGAGGUCAACCUCAGCUAAAGUUAGUGGAGGAACGUAUUAUGGGUCUGUAUGAAAAAAAAGAAGAAUUGAAGAGCUUCACUUUCUUCUGUAAGGGUGGGAGCAGCAAUGAGCUUGGCACCUUUGAAUCUGCAGCAUUCCCGGGUUGGUUCAUGAGCACUUCGUCUGAGCCAAACAAGCCUAUUGGUUUGAGUCGCCAAGGAGGUGCUGAGAUCACCCAGUUUUAUUUUGAAAAAAAGUGAGUUCCCACCAUGUUUACGCCAGAUUACAGCCUCUGCACCAGAGCUCCUUUGUCCCGCCUUCUGUCACUGCAGCACAGCAGCCAUCAAAAACACACACAUUUUUCCUUUCAUCUCCAAAACAGUUGCACACAUACAAAAUCUAACAGACAUGCUGCAGCAGACCUUAACCAUCAAAAACUUACUGCAUAAAGCCAGCAAAAUAAUUCCUUAAAAAGCAUUAAACAUUUCUCACCACCACCAGCAUACACAAAUCACAUCACAGUUUAACAGGCAGUGUCUCAAGCUUGAAUCCAAUCCAGCCUCCUUUUUGGUCUUCCUCUGGUUGUGGAUCAGGGCCUUCUAAUUUAAACUUUACUCUUGGAGAUCUCUGGGACCUCAUGGCACUUCUCCAGGGACACAUCUGCUUUCCCACUGGCACACUGCAGAUGGUAGCCAUCUUCCUCCCACCCUCCGCCCUGGGAAAAGUCUUUAAGUCAGUCCACUACAUCCCCUGCCCCAAACUCCAAAUCAAAGUCCUGCCACAAUUUUUUUUAUCUGGGGGCAUCUUCUUCAGGAUUAGCUGGCCUAGCCCACCCAGGUUGGCAGAAAGAAUCUUCCUUUUCAUUCUCUCUGCCCAUCUCCAGAAUAAAUCAUGGGCCCAAACCAAUGCAGGUAACCCAGCGUCCCUUGCCCUCCAAACUCAUGAGAUCCUGGAUGACCCUCACUGCUGGGGCUUGCUCAAGGGCUUCCCCCACUACAGGAGCCAGAUCCCACCUGGUAGGCCAUCACUGGGUACCCAAACUGCAACAACAAUCAAGGAUUUGAUCUCACUAAUUUCUCCAGGUGUUGUUCCUCUUGUACUUUCUCUUGCAAAAUCAUUUUUCCAAGAGCUGGCAGCUCCUCUUGCACACACAGAUCCUCCUGCAAUUUCUUUUCCAUAGCUGGCACACACGGAGUGGACAGUCAUGCAGUGUGAGCUGUACAUCAGAGCGUGGCAGUCAGACUUUUCCAAUGACUCAUUGAAAGUGUCCUUUGUGGUCGGCCUGCUGGAAGGAGAGGUAGCCCAGUGGUCUACCCCUCUGCUGUUUCGGAACAAUGCUGUGUUGGGACAGUAUGAUAAUUUUAUUGCUGCCAUGGCAGAAAUCUUUCUAGACCCUCACAGAAAGGUCAUAGUAGAUCACCAUCUGGGAAACCUCCACCAGGACAAGAAGUCUGUUGGGACUUAUACCAACACUUUUCGAAUUUUGGUGCAGGAAAUGGAUUGGAAUGUGUCAGCCCAGAUGUAAGAAUACCAGCAAGGCCUUAAUGAUCAGAUCUUGGAUGAAUCGGCAUGAAGUUUGGCUCCCAACAGCUUAUUAGAGCUCAUCCAGCCAUGCCGGAAGAUUGACAGUAGGUUUGAAGGUCGUCACCUGGAGCGCAAGGGUUCCUUGGCUCAUCAGUUAUCCCUCAUACCUCUCUUCCACAUGUGCUUCUCUCCCAGCAUGGGAACCUCUGCUCAGUUAGGGGAAGAGCCCAUGCAGAUUGGAGUGGCGCAGCCACGCUUGAUGGAGGCGGAGAAAGAGAAGUGGCAUCGAGAGCGGCUGUACCUGUACUGUGAGAAGACGGGUCACCUUGCAAAGGCCUGCCCAUCCAAGUUGGAGAAAGCUCCAGUGCAGGAAAACUCCAAAUCCCAGCUCUUGUAGAGGUCCAUGAGCUGGGAUCGACUGUCAGCAAAGGACCUCACGAUGUUCUUACCUCACCAAAGCUGGCCUUACAUCUACUGCUAUGCCUGAGUCUGCCUUCAGGUCCCAGCAUCCAAGUAUAAGCUAUGUUGGACUCUGGGGUGUCUAGCAAUUAUAUAGACUUGGGCUUCAUGAAGCAGAACAACCUCCCCCUCACCUCGCUGGAGGCACCUUUAGCCAUAGAGACCAUUGACAGAUGGCCCCUAGCUUUGGGAGGCAACUGUAGGGCUGAUGAUGGAGCUGCCUCCGCAUUGUGAACAGCUGUCUUUCUACCUUGCCACCUUACCUCACUUCCUGGUGGUUCUCAGGAUGACCUGGUUGACACAACAUGAUCCUCUGAUCUCAUGGGGGGAAGCCUCUGUGAUGUUCCAAUCUGACUACUGCAAGCGGUAUUGUUAGCUGGUCGGGAUAGCAACAGUGGCAGCAGCAACUGCCCUGCCUCCUUCUGUGCUGACUCCCUUACCCAAGAAGUACCAGGACUAUUGUGAUUUUUUGACAAGAAGGAGGCUGAGCAGCUGCCCCCCCACAUAGUCCUCACAACUGUGCUGUAGAAUUUCUCCUGGAGACUCAGAUCCCCUCUGGCCGGAUCUACAUGCUGUUUGAGCCAGAGCUGGCCACUCUAAGGGACUUCCUCAAUGUCAACUUGAAGUGAGAGUUCAUUCUCCCCUCUAAAUAACUGGCCCAGGCCCCCUGCUUUUGGCAAGAAAAAGAGCGGUGAAUGUGAUCAGCAUCGGCACCUGUCCCUGCUGCAGAUCGCAGAGAGGGAGCUCUCAGGCACCUUCCCAAUACAGUCAACAUGGGCUUAAAUAAGCCCACCUGUAUGUCCCACCUACCUCUCCCAUCCCUGUGAAUGACAUGCACGCUGUGCACAUAUGCCUGCCAUCAGCCAGGAUGGUGGUGAAGAUUCAUUCACAGGGACAGGAAGGGUGGGUGGAACACAUGGUCAAGCUUAUUAGCCGCAUGCUGCCUAUAUGGGUGGGAUGGGCGACGGCACUGCAGGCCUGGGUCAGGCUGGCACCCAAGGGCCCAGUCAUGCCUGGCCCCAGCCCCAGGGAUGAGGCUUGGUGAUGAAUCCCAAUCACUGAAAACACUCAGUGACUGAAUCUUUCUAGUUAGCUCUUCCAUCAACACAAAUGUGAAAGUCAGUAGCACAUAGGGUUGCCAGGUUCAGGGCCUGAGACUGAUCCUGUAUCUUUAGGAGAAGAGAAAGUCAGCCAAGUGCAGGUGUUUUUGCAACACUCUAAUGGGAAAAACCACAAGGUGGAAUUCUCCCUUCUCCCUGCACAACUUUUAAAGAUACAGAAGACCUCUUGUUUGCCAGGCCCAGCCUCCAAGAGGUAUCUUUAAAAGUUGUGCAGGGGGAAGGGAGAAUUCCACCUUGUGGUUUUUCCCAUUACAGUGUUACCUGCACUUCACUUACUUUCUCUUCUCCUACAGAUACAGGAUCAGUCUCAGGCCCUGAACCUGGCAAACUUUGUAGCACAUCCUGUGUAGAAUCAACUCAUGGGUUUUAUUCAAAGUAGCACUACGUAAGUAGUUCUGUGAGUGCAAGGAUGUUUGCUUGCACAAUAGAAACUUCCUCCUCUUCUCCUCCAUGCCUCCAUAAAACUGUUUCGGGUUUCCCCCAACCCUCCUGAGUAUAUUUGGGGCACACUUGCGGAAGAGGAGGAGGGAAAAGUCUUGUUGUUGUAGUGGUGACCUUGGGCUGAUGGGAUGGGUUAGUUUCAUACCGCCCACGAAAUAAUCAUUGCCAAACAUUCUGUCUCCUCCUCUCUCACAAUGAGUAAACAUGUUUUUAAAAGCAAAUGGUUAUAUGAAUUCAGAGGUAGCUCUAUCCCAACACAUUUGGAAUAUAAGAGGGAACACUGAACUGGACAUUCUACAAAGGGCCUGUGAGACACUCAUGUAGCAGGAGGAAACGGUUCUUGCCUGCAAAAGCUUGUGCUAUUUUAAGUAAGUCUUUUGAGUGUUACAGGACAUGCAAGUUUGAGGAAUAAGUGGCUGCCACAAGCCUUCAUCAAGUGUUGAUGUAAGAAUGUCCUUUGAGCAUGUGGUUAUUUAUGUGAAUUCAUCAUUUCUCUGAGGGUUAGGGUUAUUUCCCUCAACACUUUUUGAAUUCAAGAGGGAAAAUCCAGUUGGGGAUUCUCCAAAAAUGAGAUUCUCAUAUAGCUGAUGAAGGAGUUCUGCCGACAACACCUUCUGCUGCUUUAAGCUAGUCUUUAAAGUGUCAUGGGGCUUGCAACAUCUGGGAACAACUGGCUGCCACAUCCCUUACUCAAGUGUUUGGAUAUACAAAUAACUCCUGGAGUAUUUAAAUCACACCCAUCAGUGUCAGUGAGCACAGAGAGGGUUCUUUCACACCAAGGCACAGGACUUUCUCAUAUCAGCACAGGUACCAUCUCUUUAAUUUCUUCUCUGGACUUUCUAUCCCUGUUUUAGAAUGCUAGCCUUCCCUAAUCUGGUGUCUUCAAAAUAUUGCUGGACUAUAACUCCCAUUAUUCAUGACCAGGGGUGCAGUCGUUCAGGGGUACCAGUGUGUGUGUGUGUCUUCAACCCCUUACUUUUUUGGGAGCCAGGUCCCAGGAGGGUCCUUAUAUUUCUAGUGUCCUAUGAACCAAUCAUCAUGAAAGGGGGAGUUUGUUAGCCACUGAGAAGAGCCCCAAUGAGUGUCAACUGCAAGCAAGCCUUUAUUUCCUUCAAACCAAGCCUUUAUCCUACUUCAAAGAGCCAAGACAAGUUGCGGAGAGUGAGAAUUCUGUAACUGCAGAAGAAGGAACAGUGAAUCCGGAUGAUAGCAUGCCAUCUAUAUCAUCAGAUAGUUUAGAAACAGCAGGAGAUAAACGUGUCAGACACUGAAUUCAGUAAUUCAAGCAGUAUCUCUUGACAGUGACAAAGGACAGUUAAACGAUGACAGUGAUAAAGAAGCAGAAAGCAGUCUUCAAGCUCAGCCAGAUUAUUCUAUAACCUUAGAAGGUUAUAUUGUAUACCCACAAGAGUGGCUGUAUACUAUACCCAGCAUGGAUUUUUAACAUUCCGCCAUGUUAAAUUGAAAAUACCCCCAUGCCAUUCUGCAGCUUCCCAUAUGCUCAUUUUAAAAUAAAACCUUAUAAAACAUA